CGCGGGCUGCGGCGUCACCCGGCGCAGUCGCGCGGUGGAAGGAGGCGGAGGUGGAUGAGUGGGCUCCGCCCGGAGGCGUGGGCCGCCCAUACGCAACAACAACAACAAAACACCGCCACCACCGCACCGACACACGCUCAAAUCACAGCGGUAGACAUUUGACGAGCAAAACGCAACCCGUCGCGGGUUUGUUAUUUUUGUUGUAACGCUAAGUGCGAUUUAAAAUAAGACGGGUCACAUUUGCUCGAGCGACGGUGGGUGGGGUGUCGUCGCCACAGCUGUCAAAAGAAAAAAAAAUCGCCUGUUCGUGGUUCAAUAAAAAUAUAUAUAUUAAAGGGCGGGCCCGGCCAGACGACCGGCGCCCUGGGGGUGGGUGGGCGAGCGAGCGAAGCAGACCCCUCGCAUUUAUUAAUUAACAACACCGACAACAAUCACAGCAAGCACGCACAACGGCACCGGCUAAUUAACGACGCGAAAUCAACAACCCCCCGCCAACUCAAACCGGCGAGUCGCCAUGGAGCUAGACGAUGGCGUGCUGUACCAGGACGACUGCAACGUGUCCGUCAUGUCGGAGCGGGUGUCGGGCCUCGCCAGCAGUAUCUACACGGAGUUCGAGCGCAUGAUCCGGCGCUACGACGAGGACGUGGUGAAGGAUCUGAUGCCGCUCGUGGUGAACGUCCUGGAGAAUCUGGACGCGGUGUUCACCGAGAACCAGGAGCACGAGAUCGAGCUGGAGCUGCUCAAGGAGGACAACGAGCAGCUGAUCACGCAGUACGAGCGCGAGAAGGCGCUGCGCAAGCAGACGGAGGAGAAAUACAUCGAGUUUGAAGAUGUCCUGGAGCAAGAGAAGAAAGAUCUGCAGAUGAAGGUGGAGGGCUUGGAGCUUCAGUCCAGGCAGCUGGAGCUUAAAGUCAAAAACUACUGUGACCAAAUUACGAGGCACGACGAGAGGGAGGCGGAGAUGAAGCGGGAAUACAACAUGCUGCACCAGAGGCACACAGAGAUGAUUCAGACGUACAUGGAGCACAUGGAGCGGACCAAAGCUCAGCAGGCAAACGCCGGUCAGCCCGACGGCUCCCAGACUUCUCGUAAAACCCGCGUCCACUGGAGAAGCAGGAAGGAGCAAAAGGGGCUCGUUGGCCCCGAGGCGCAGCCGGGCAGCGGGGACCAGCGGAAGGAGCGGCCCGCCUCGCUGAGCCUCUUCCCGUUCGGGGCAGUCGAUGCUGAGGCAGGCGUGUGCGCCGAUCCGCCGUGCGAGGGCGACACUCCGGGCAACGAGAGCUGGGAGCGGCCCUGCGCCGAGUCGGGCCGCUCGGUGCAGGUGCUCGCCAACGCCAGCAUCAAGGGAGGGGACAAUGUGCCGGAGGAGUCCCACACGAGUGGCCAUAGUAAAUUAGCUUCUGUUGCAGAAGAGGCCACGGAAGGAACCAAGGACGAGCUGUCCAACUCGAGCCAGUCGUCGGUGGCUGCCACGCCGAGCACAGGCGGCACCAAGUCUGCAACGCCGUCCUCCUCGCUGCCGUCGGACGUCCUCUCCCCGGCCGCCGGCGACACGGCCGCCGGCCUGGCGGCGGCGCGCGCCGGCGGGCGGAGGCUCGGGAGCAGACACACGGAGGUGCAGGCCUCGCAGGAGACCAAGAACGUGUCCAUAGGGAUGGAGAGCAGCGACGAGUGGUCGGAGAUCCAGGACAUCAUCGACUCCACCCCAGAGCUGGACAUGGUGCCGGAGGCUCCCCUCGACGGCUUUGGUGGCACCAGCACCCCCACCCAGGGCAUCGUGAACAAAGCCUUCGGGAUCAACACCGACUCCCUCUACAAGGAGCUCUCAACCGCAGGGUCGGAGGUCAUCGGGGAUGUGGACGAGGGGGCUGACCUUCUCGGAGAGUUUUCCGCGCGCGAUAACUUUUAUGGCAUGGGCCGCGAAGUCGAGAAUCUCAUCCUGGAAAACACGCAGCUCAUGGAGACCAAGAACGCGCUGAACAUCGUGAAGAACGACCUGAUCGCAAAGGUGGAUGACCUGGCAAGCGAGCACGAGGUGCUGCGCGGGGAGCUGGAGAGUGCACGCCAAGCCAAGGCCAGGGUGGAGGCCCGCGUGAAGGAGCUCGACGAGGAGCUAAAGAGGUUGAAAACCGAAGCAGACAAGUUCCGAAAGUUCAAGAAGGAAGAACCAGAUGACGAGGACGUGCCAAUGGCGCAGCGCAAGCGCUUCACGCGCGUGGAGAUGGCGCGCGUGCUCAUGGAGCGCAACCAGUACAAGGAGCGGCUCAUGGAGCUGCAGGAGGCGGUCAGGUGGACCGAGAUGAUCCGGGCGUCGCGAGAGCACCCUUCCAUCGUGGAGAAGAAGAACAAGUCUUCCAUCUGGCAGUUCUUCAGCCGUCUGUUCAGCGGCUCCAACGCGGCGCAGCCCAAGAAGCCGUACCACGCCGUGAACAUCAAGUACAGCGCCCCCAACUCCGGCGGCGGCGGCGGCGGCCUGGCCCGGCGGAGCGCCACGCUGUCCCAGCUGCCCAGCGACAAGUCCCGCGCGCUCGACUUCCUGCACGAAAAGAAGGUCCGGUCUAAGGAAGACGUCAUCCUUUCCAAAGGAUUGCCCAAACACAGCGAGAACACGUCGGCGGCGCGGCGCGAGCAGAAGCGCGAGCAGUACCGGCAGGUGCGUGCCCACGUGCAGAAGGAGGACGGGCGGCUGCAAGCCUUCGGCUGGAGCCUGCCGCCCAAGCACAAGCAGAGUCCCAACGAAGGGCAAGAGGACAACAAGGUGGUUAACAUGGCCAUCCCGGUGUACUGCAGGCCACUGGUGGAGAAAGACCCCACGAUGAAGCUGUGGUGUGCGGCCGGUGUGAACCUGGCCGGGGGCCCCUCUCCCGCCUCUCCCGCCAGCCGGAGGCGCAUGUCGCCCUCCCUCGCCAACGGGGACAGCCAGUACGACAAGAAGGAGGCGACGCCGAGCCUGGUGUGGAUCUGCACGAGCACGCACUCCACCAGCAAGGUGAUCAUCAUCGACGCGAACCAGCCAGCCAACAUCAUGGACCAGUUCGUCGUCUGCAACUCGCACAUCCUCUGCAUCUCCAGCGUGCCCGGCUACCAGGAGGGCGACUACCCGGCCGGGGAGGUGGUGACGGACGCGGGCACACCCAGCAGCCCCCCUGAGGGCAGCCCUGGCGAAGGCGUCCUCGGAGCCAUCACCCUGGUCGGCUCGUGUGCCGCCGUCGGAUGCAAGAGCCUGCAGACAGACAGCCCCUCCUGCUCCGACACGCCCGGCUCCGAGAAGGGCGCCGCCGGUCGCUCCGCCGCGGCGGCUCCGGCCUCCGGCGCCGCCGCCGCCACCGCCGGAGGGACCUCGUCGUCGUCGCAAGACGAGGAGGACGGCGGCGGCGCUUUCUGCCCGGACGCCCCGAACGCGGAGGAGGCCACGGAGGCCACGGAGAUCGCCGCCGGGGCGACGGACGUGGACUCGGCCGCCACCGUGCCGGGCUCGGAGCGGCUGGGGCCGCACACGGAGCACGUGUUCACCGACCCGCUGGGCGUACAGAGCCCCACGGAGACGGCCCGCGAGCACCCCGCCGGCAGUGGGGUGGACGAUCCCCUGACGAGAGAGGGGUCCCCCUCACCCUCCUCAGAGCAGGACCCGUUGGCCUGCGACGGCGAGCUGAGCAGCAUGCUGCCCACCAUGUGGCUGGGUGCGCAGAACGGAUGCCUGUAUGUGCACUUGGCAGCCCGGCACUGGAAAAAGUGUUUACAUACCAUCAAGCUGAAGGACGCGGUGCUGAGCAUCGUGCACGUCAAGGGCAGGGUGCUCGUCGCCUUGGCUGAUGGCACACUCGCCAUUUUCCACCGUGCCACAGAGGGCUGCUGGGACCUCUCCAACUACCACCUGCUGGACCUGGGCCGGCCUCACCACUCGAUCCGCUGCAUGACGGUGGUGCACGACCGCGUGUGGUGCGGCUACCGCAACAAAGUGCACGUGGUGCACCCCAAGAACAUGCGCAUCGAGAAAUCGUUUGAUGCGCACCCACGCAAGGAGAGCCAGGUGCGGCAGCUGGCGUGGAUCGGCGACGGCGUGUGGGUCUCCAUCCGGCUGGACUCGACGCUGCGGCUCUACCACGCGCACACGCACCAGCACCUGCAGGACGUCGACAUCGAACCCUACGUCAGCAAGAUGCUGGGCACGGGGAAGCUGGGCUUCUCCUUCGUGCGCAUCACGGCGCUGCUGGUGGCCUGCAACCGCCUGUGGGUGGGCACGGGCAACGGCGUCAUCAUCUCCAUCCCGCUCACCGAGACUGUAGUGCUCAUGGAGGGACGUGUGUUGGGUUUGCGGGGGAGGGCGUCUCCUGCGACCGGCGCCCACACGGACGAGGAAACGAGCGGAGAGGAGCAGGCGCCGGCCCCCGCCUCCUUCAUCCCCUACUGCUCCAUGCUGCAGGCCCAGCUGUGCUUCCACGGUCACCGCGAUGCCGUCAAGUUCUUCGUGGCCGUGCCGGGCUCGGCGCGAGCGUGCCUGCUGAGCAGGAGCUGCUCGGAGAACUUUGGGGAGAAGACUGCGCUGUCCCCCACGAGCGAGACGCACCACCCCAUGGUGCAGCAGCCGCAGCAGCACCUCAAGUCCAUGCUGGUGAUGAGCGGUGGAGAGGGCUACAUCGACUUCCGCAUCGGCGAUGGGGAAGAGGAGGACACCGAUGACAGCUUGGGGAAGUUGAAACCCGUCGUCACGAAAGCCGAGCGUAGCCACCUCAUCGUCUGGCAAGUCAUGUGCCCCGAAGAGUAACGGCAGCCACAGAGCAGAAGCGCUCCAAGAGUCGCCUAUUCACCCGCUCUGCCGGAUCCACGGCGGGGUGUAGGGGGGGGCGAAUGGUCACGUGACCCCGCGCGCUUCCUCCCCCACCCACCCGCCUGCUCGCCAGCCGGUGUCGUUGGGGUGUGGAGGACUUUCUCCAGCAGUCCGGUUCCAAACGAGCUCAUUGUACUCACUUUGUACUGCACUAAAAGAGAAAACGAAAUCCACCCCCCCACCUCCCCCACGUUAAAAAUGGAACUCCGCGUUGGUCAGGUGUCCACACACUGACGACCGUGAGUUUGCAUGCGACGGCGACGCGUUCCAUUUUACGUCCGGGGGUUUUACCGAGCCGCCGCUGUCGUGGCUGCCCCCCCCGGGGGGCCUGAACGCCGAGGCCGCCCUGAAAUUUGAUUCGUCGAGUUGUGCUAAUUUUUUUUUGUAUUGGUGUUCAUUUUCCGAAAAUCUCACUAAUCAAUGAAAAAACCCUUCACGUGCCCAUGUGAUUAAUCGUGUGACAGAAAAGAAGAUAACUUUGGACCACACGGCAGGCCCCUCGACGGUGGCUGUAGAAUUGAGCUCACCCUGCUGGUGUGGUCAACCCCCCCCCCCCGGGGUUGCGUGCAGCGCUUUUCGCUCUCACGGGGCUGUUGGCAACCGCGGAGUGAUCGAGGCCGGUCGGACUGCAGCGGUCCUAAGACAUUUUUACAUAAUCGUAGCAAGGUGGCAGUGAUUGCUUCGGUCGAUUGCAGCCUUCGCCACAAACGUGCAGCGAAACAUCUCCGAGCUUCGUUUUAACUUUCCUGUCAAAAAAAAAUUCAAGUUUCGCUCAACUUGAAUGAUGCCGAAUCAGAAUCCAGAAACGGGCUUGCUAGUUAACCGUGAACAUCGCAAGAUCCGGCGUUUGGGGACUCCCCAUAGCAAGACAAAUGUACGCCCCGUAUAAAGAAACAUUUGUGAAAGUCAUUGCCUGGGGCAGUGUUUAUGCAGCCUUAAUUGUAUGCGAAUGAAACACGGGCACAGGAGAGUGUACUUAAUCUUGAACCCUCGGUGAACGUGUGCGGACUUGGGUGGUUGCGUUUAUUAUUUUCGUUAUUGUAUUUAUUCAACUUGAUUUUUUUUGUGUUGUCCGUUUGCGAUGACGGCUCUCGUUAUGUUGCACAGCGCACCGAGGGCGGUGCGGUGAGACCGCAGGGAAAGGCAUCCCUCACCCUCGUCCUUGCUCCACACAAAAUGAAAUAAUGCAUUGGGAUCCCCACCCACCUCCUCCACUUGAAAAUGAGAUGUAAUGCAGUCUUAUGGAGCCAGCUGCCCUGCACAGGAGGGGGUGGGUUAGAGGGUAGGAAAGUAACGGAAACUUUACACAAAGUUUUCCCGAAGGUUCGCCACAAUUCCACCGUGGAUCGCGUGCAUUGUCAAGGGCUUGUCAUCUUAUCGGUAUUCCCGAUGUUAACAUAGUAAGUUGAAAUUGUGAAUCAAAAAAAACCUUUUAAAAAAUGCAAACAACUGUAAAGUUAUUAAUUUUCAAUAUGUUGAACUUCUUUUGCACCGUACGUAGCCAGCUAAUCGGAGGUUUUGGGGAAGGACAACAGUGCAUCACUUUGGAAUUCCAAAUACCAAUACACACACAGGGUCCGAUUCACACCCCCCCCCCCCGCCAUUAUGCUCUGGUCUGCCGUUCCCGAGGUCGGCUAAAGUUGCUUGAGCAUCGUUUUGUGGCCCCCUAACCUGUGGCGAGAAUUUGCGGUGGUCGUCAACCCCCCGGGGAAGUCCAUCGAUGAUAAAACCCCAACCCCGGCUCCGAGUCCGACACGGUGGAGCUCGUGCGACCGCGGUUGCGAACCCUGCCAUGCGAGCAACUCGGGGACACCUUAAAUCCUUCUUUUAAAUCUUUUACCUCGGCUUAACAGCAUGUUUGUGUAAACACUACCCGUUUUAAAAUAUUUAAAAAAAACAUGAAACUAAUUCUGUACAGAUCCAUAACUUGCAAAACAAAGGAAACUGCUGUUACUCUCGACUUGUAAUUAAUGAACAAAUGCGGAUGAAAUUGUUGUGCACUGUAAACGUUAAAGGUGUGUGUGUGCCGUCUCACGACGUUGCUGGUGUGGUGUGUACAUUGAGAACAAUAACUGCUGUUAAUGUAGGUGCAUAACAAGCACGGCUUCCCUGUAUUAGUGCAACGUCAUUGCAGCUGUUGUGUUUGUGUCGAAGCAUAUCCUUGUACCAUAUCAAUGUACCCACCUGAUGUUGUCCAAGCAACUAUAAAGCAGUAUUUGUGCGUCAGAA